AUGGACUUGCCGACAUCCCCACACCCCAUCGAGCCUCCGGCUGGCCCAAGUCAUGGGACAACAAGCAGCGCAGAACUCGAAAGGAAGUUCAAUGAGUUGGAGCAGCGCCUCGCCGAGGUGCGGCAGUUGGCCAUGCAAAGCUUUCAAAGCCUCUCCAACCAGAAGUCGGCGGAUUUCGAGGGCCUUGACGACUUUGACGAUCAUGACCGACGGGACCAUGGUACCUUCGGCGAUUUCCUUGACUUUUGUGUUGUGUCGACGGAAGGACUGACCUCGCCACCGUCCCAUCAACAGCUGGAGACAAGUCGGUCAUCAGAGGGCACGACGGGCCUCCAGUGGCACAAAGCUGUCGAAAGAGCCGGCACCGCUCGGCGACCGUCGCGGCUGCCACCCCAACCCUCGAUCUAUGACAUUGAUCUUCUGGAACUUCACGGCUCCGUAAGAUACAAACUUCUAAGACAAUCCAUGACUCCAGAGCAGCCCCAGCAAAGCCUUGAUACUUUGGUGCAGAGAAUGCUGUAUCUCCUGGCAUCAGACCGAUAUUGGGGUAGGAAAAGGGCAUUCUGGUUCGAGACGUUGGCUUUCGAGAAGUUGGCUCCAAUCACUCGCUACCAGAUCCUCCCGACCGUUGAACAUUACUGUGCAAUCCAACCAGAGUUUCAGCCAACACAACUGCAAUUAACCAGGCAUCAUUGGCCAAUGGUCGACUGGAUUCCGUUCCCGGGACUACGAGACAAGAUUAUCCUUCACGCUCAUGAGAUUGACCUUACGGCUGUGGUGGAAGGCACCCUAGACAGUUGGUGCUUAGAAUCAAAAGAAGAAGUGCCCUUUGAGGACGGCCAACGUGAGAUCCAGGUAUAUUAUCGUCUCUCGGAAUAUAUUGAUUACAGACGGCAACAAUCCUCAAUCCCGACUUCUCUACUUGGCAGGAUGUCGAAAUCCGUGGAGACAGAGUUUGUCCUCGCUCUUCGCCAGCCGAACCAGAUCUUCAAGCUAGAACAGUCGUACUUCGACCGCUUUCCGAUGCUUUUCACCGAAGAGACUUUGGUCAAGGGCCAAUAUAGGCCAAUCGUUCUCCAGCCGAAAUCUCCAGAAUCAGAUGCGCUUGACGUGCCGAUGAUUGGAGAGUCCCACACGCAAUGA